AUGGCAGCACCAACAGCUGCCGCAACAGUGGUGCCAGCCCUUGCCGACAGACCGAUCAAGAACACCGUCGUCCUCUUCGACGUCGAUGGCACCCUCACGCCAGCAAGACUGAGCGUCUCCCCCGAAAUGCUCACCCUCCUCUCCCAACUCCGCCACCAAGUCGCCAUCGGCUUCGUCGGCGGCUCCGACUUCAAAAAGCAGCAGGAACAACUCGGCACCGCCUCCAUCCCCGUCACCACCCUCUUCGACUUCUGCUUCUCGGAGAACGGACUCACGGCCUUCCGCAUGGGCGAGUCGCUCGCCGCGCACAGCUUCAUCAAGUGGAUUGGCGAAGAAAACUACAAGAAGCUGGUCCGGUUCAUCUUGCACUACGUCGCGGAUUUGGAUAUUCCGGUGAAGAGGGGGACUUUUGUGGAGUUUAGGAAUGGGAUGAUUAAUGUCAGUCCCGUGGGGAGGAAUGCGACGACGGCGGAGCGGAAUGAGUAUGAGAAGUAUGAUUUGCAGCAUAAUAUCCGGAAGGACUUUGUGGAGGCGAUUAAGAGGGAGUUUCCGGAUCUGGGGAUGACCUACUCCAUCGGCGGCCAGAUCUCCUUCGACGUCUUCCCCACCGGCUGGGAUAAGCGGUACUGUCUGCAGCACAUCGAGAACGAGAAGAACUUGCAGGGUGGUGUGGACUAUACGACCAUCCAUUUCUUCGGCGACAAGACGUUCAAGGGCGGCAACGACAAUGAGAUCUACGAGGAUCCUCGGGUGGUCGGGCAUAGUGUCAAGGAUCCCGAAGACACGAUGAAGCAGCUACGAGAGCUGUUCAAGUUAUGA